AUGGAUAUAAAGACCUUGCUGGACAAUCUUCAUGAUGAAGUAUCCUGUUCAGUGUGCAAGUGCGCAUUCACUGAUCCUAAACAGUUGCCUUGUUUGCACAGUUUCUGUCUUCAUUGCCUGAACGGAAUUCAACGAACGAGCGGCGUCCAUGGCAAAAUUACAUGCCCCGAGUGCAGGAGACAGUUUCAAAUCCCUGGAAGUGGAAAUCCUAGCGAACUUCCCACCAAUUUUCGUAUCAACAAUUUGCUAGAUGUCUUGGCAAUAAAAGAAUGCAAUACAACUAACGUGAAAUGUGGAAACUGCGACAAGCGGAGCGCCCAGACCUUAUAUUGCUUCCAGUGUUGUUCUUUCUGGUGCAAGGAAUGUAUCUUAGGACAUAACAUGAUACGCAUCAAUAAAGAACAC